AUGGCCAAUCUCAUAUUUCCUACUCGAUACCAAAAGACCAAUGAUGGCUGGGUCCGUGAGGCCGACGAUCAACAAAUCACCAGCAUCCUCCACAAGCAUGUGCUCGACACAAAAGAUAAGUUCAUCAUCAGCUCGUUUGACGCCAACGCCAUGGAGCUGAGGAUCACGGUCGGGGUGAAGAAGGACAUUUGCACCUGGGAAGAGACUCCUGAUCCUAACGCCUUCCACUUCGAAUUUGUGCCGCAAUGUCAAGGUCGUCAGCGUACUCUACCCACUCGCUUCCACGAAGAACAAGUUCAAGUCUGCCUGGACAACAAGUGGAUACUUAUGGUUGAUUAUCUCGAGGAAGAGUCCAAGAAGGAUGAGACCAAUCCCAACUACGUUACUCUCCUUUGUCCCGAGAACAGAACAAAGUUGGUUCUCAAGGCCCAGCAGAAAUGGUGGGAUGCAAACAAGAAGUCCUUUCCUCUUCUCGAUUUGCCCAGCGAAUUGAGAAACGAAAUCUACCGUCAUGCUGCUCCUCAGGACGCCAUCGAACCCUACGCUCGACACUGUAUGCGCGGCAGAGACAUGCCACACAUCAACGAUCGCAACAACAUGGUCUCGAAUCUGCUGAGAUGCAACAAGGUUGUCGCUGAGGAGAUGCGCGCUUACAUGUUCAGAUGCCUUCCCCUACUCAUCAACCAUGAACGACUGCUCAGCAAGACUCUGCGCCGGAAUCUUCAUUUUCCUCGAAAACUGCUCACCCACCUCACCUUGGCCUUCCCUACCCACCGAGAUAUCAUCAACAUUUUUGGUCUCAACGCUAGAAACAUCAACACCGAUGAGGAAAUCACCAUAGAAGGCAAGGAAUACACAGCUCUGUCUCUAUGCCGUGACCAAUUGCCUUUCAUCAAGAAGCUGGAGAUUAUCAUUCCAUCUCGUGAGGUGCUCGACAAGACGUACGUGAACCACUGCCAUACCGACGCAACCACGAUGCUACUCGAAAUCAUGUGGCCCUACAUCGAAGGACACCCUGUUGUCCUUGGCGGUAUGGUCAAGAAGUGGCAGAAGAAGCUAUGGAGAAAAAAGUUCGCCCAGGCUCACAAGGAGUACGAAGAGAGUCUGACUGAUACUGAAGAUGGCGGCGUUCAAAUCACCCAGGAGGAUCGUGAUAGAUUCGAUGGCAAGGCAGAACACAACGACUAUGACGAGGACGGAAACUGCUGCGACUGCGCCAAAUCUUGCUGCUUGCUUCACUACGAGGAGCCUGAAGGCGAGUACGAGUACGAAAUCCCAUUCCUUUGCCAGUGCGACCCACCUUGCCUGUACAGCGAGUGGACUGACGAAGACCGCAUCAGAGACAAGGAUGAGGAUUGA